AUGGAUAGAUUCAUUAUUCGUACGAAAAUUGUGAAACAAUCAGAAACGGAUCAGGCUUCAACUUCACACCAAAGCCAAACCAGUAGCGAUGAAUUUGAUGAUCAAUCCAAUGAAAACGCCCAGGAUUCCUCUAUGAAAGUGGAUAGCGAUCCAACGGCGCGUAAACGGAAAAUUUAUGAUGUGAAGUACCGAGAAAAUUGGAAAAUAGAAUUUAAAUGGCUAACAGAAAAAUCCCAAAAAGCAUAUUGCACUUUCUGCAACAAGUCUCUUUCUGGCGGGAAGAAACACUUGCAACGACACUCCGAAUCUGAGAUUCAUAAGAAAAAUGAACGAAAGCUUCAAGGUACAGUAGACAUACCCACAACUUUGGCGAAGGUCCCCAGUAAUCUAUUUAACAAAGAAGUAAAAUCAACUGAGCUAAAAUUAGUAAUGUUUGCUAUGGAGCACAAUCUAUCAUUCGUACUAUUUGAACAUUUACCCAAAUUUAUUUGCUCUCUACCAGAAAAAUCUGUCUUACAAUCAGUGAAAUGCUCUCGAACUAAAGCGGCAAGUCUAGUGAAUAAUAAGAUUGGCCCUUUUUCUCAGGCUGCCUUAGCAGAUAUUUUAAAAAAGUGUUUUUUCUCUAUUAUAAUAGACGAGACUACCGACAUUUCAGCAAAAAAAUGUUUAGUUAUUAUAGUAAGAUAUUUUAGCCAAAUAGAAAAAAAGGUAGACUCAUUCUUUGGACUAAUAGAAGUUGUAUCAGCGACAGCGGAUUCCAUAUUUAAAGCCGUAAUCAGUCUUAUUGAAAAACUUAAUAUUCCCAUAGCAAAUAUUAUUGGAUUUUCUUCCGAUAAUGCGUCUGUUAUGAUGGGCCAUAUUAAUGGCGUAAAAGCCAAAUUUAUGGAGAUUAUCCCAAACAUAUUUGUUAUGGGAUGUCUUUCGCACUCCAUGCAUUUAUGUGCUUCAAAAGCUUGUGCAAAAUUGCCGAACGAAGUAGAAGAUUUUGCACGAAAUAUUUAUAACUACUUUGCCCACAGCGCAAAAAGACAACAUGACUUUAAAGAGUUUCAGCAAUUUGCUGAAGCAGAACCUCACAAAUUACCGAGACCUUGUCAGACAAGAUGGUUGUCUUUAGAGGCUGUGGUCAAUAGAAUCUUAGAACAAUGGGAUGCUCUAAUCCUAUAUUUUCAAAGUGAAGCUUUGUUAGAAAAUGUUUAUGGAGCACAAGAAAUUUUAAAUUCUUUGAUAAACAUAAAAUUUAAAAUAUAUUUUCGAUUUCUGCAGCAUAUUCUUAAAAUAGUUUGUAAAAUGAAUUUGGAAUUUCAGAGCGAAUCACCCAGAAUUCAUAAACUAAUACCUAUAAUAUCAAUGUAUUUUAGGACCAUUUGUAAUUUUUUUUUAAAAUCCGAAGUGAUGACCAAAAUUGAAAUUGCUAGAAUAAAUCCUCAAAAUCCCGAUUAUUUUAAAACUCUCGAUGAUAUAUAUUUCGGUGCAAAUUUUGAGAUGGAACUCAAUAAGAACAUUCAUAAAUUAUCAAAACCGGAACUAGAACAAAUCAAACUAAAUUGCCUUAAUUUUUACAUAGUUCUAUGUACUGAAAUUAGAACGAGGGUUGAUUUUAAAAAUUAA